AUGGCGACCACCGCUUCCGCCUCCCAGCAGGUCGACAUUCUCGACCAGCUCUUCCAGGGACUUAGGAGCAGAAGUCCCGACACACAAGCCCAGUCCGCCAUCGACCUGCAACACUAUAUAUCCAACACCGUUCCCGAGCUAUCGUCGGACGCCGCCUCCAAGCUAUGGGAGGAGAUCAUCAACAAGAUAUUCGACCUCGUCCAUAGCCAAACAACAGCGGAGAAGUUGGGCGGUAUAUUGGCUAUCGAUCACCUCCUGCGGGUGGAAGGAGAGAUCGACUCCAAAGCCAACCUUUUCCGACUGUACAACUAUGUCAAGGCCCUUCUCCCGGACCCGGACGUCAAUGUCAUGCUUGCGGCCUCCAAGACUCUCGGCCAAAUCGCCGAAAUCGGUGGACCGGCAUUCGGCGACUACUUCAUGGAUUUUGAGGUGCAAGCAGCCAUUGCACUGCUACAAGCGGACAAGCAGGAGCCCGGGAGAUAUGCUGGCGUUCUCAUCUUGAAGGAGCUCGCGCGCAACAGUCCCGCCUACUUCCACUCCCAUAUCGGCCUCGUCUUUGACAAGAUCCUUGUACCAUUGCGGGAUACUCGUGUGAUCGUACGGGAGAGCGCUGCAGAGCUCCUCGCUGCUUGUCUAGAGAUCAUCACCCAACGCGAACGCCAAACGAGGAGUCCCUUCCUGCUGAAGAUCCUGCAGGAUGCACAGAUGGGGCUGAAGGUGUCCCAGCCGGAGAUUAUUCACGGUUCUCUGUUGACCUACCGGGAGCUUCUGUUACAUGGCGGCAUGUUCAUGAAGGAGAACUUCUUGGACGCUGCAGAGCAAAUCCUCUCUUUCAAGACGCACCGAGAUCAGCUCGUACGGAAGAUGGUCAUCACUCUUAUCCCUACGCUAGCCGUCUACGACACCUCGACAUUCUCCGAACACUUCUUGCACAAGGCGAUGGCUCACCUCUUGACCCAGCUGGAGAAGCCCGCGGAGCGCUCGGUCGCGUUCAUCGCUAUUGGGCACGUCGCGACCGCAGUCGGCAGCGACAUGAAGCCGUUCUUGGAGUCUAUCAUGACCCAAAUUAAGCAGGGUCUACUCAUGAGGGGGAAGAAGAACGCGCCUUCAGAGGAGCCGAUGUUCCAAUGUGUCGGCAUGCUUGCUGCGGCGGUCGGACCUAACCUCACCAAGCUGCUACACGAUCAACUAGACCUUAUGUUUGCCUAUGGGCUAAGCGAGCCCCUCCGACAGGCUCUGGUAGCUAUCGCGACACACAUACCCCCCUUGCUGAAGACCAUUCAAGACCGACUUUUGGAUACUUUGUCGUAUAUCCUUAGCGGACAGCCAUACAGGCCACUCGGGGGACCGCCUUCGCUACUACGCGGCGACUCCGGCACGGCGAAGAAGGACGGCGUUCCUAUCGAGGUAGCGAAUCUGCAAAAGACGCCGGAGACGCUCACGCUUGCCCUAACGACCCUGCACACGUUCGACUUCAGCGGUCAUGUUCUAAACGAGUUUGUGCACGACUGCGCGCUGCCUUACUUGGACUCAGACUACCCUGACGUUCGGCGCGCUGCUGCACUGACGUGCUGUCGGCUGUUUGUCCGCGACCCGAUUUGCUACCAAGCCAGCAAUCACUCGAUUGAGAUCAUCAGCGACGUCAUUGACAAACUCCUUACGGUCGCCAUCGCGGACCCAGAUGCGGGCAUCAGGCAGACGGUCCUCUCAUCCUUGCACGAGCGCUUCGACAAGCAUCUCGCACAGGCAGAGAACGUCCGCUCGCUGUUCAUCGCCGUGAACGACGAGGUAUUCGAGAACCGUGUCACCGCGGUGUCGUUGAUCGGGCGGCUAGCCAUGCACAACCCCGCCUACGUGAUGCCUUCGUUGCGCAAAGCUCUCAUUCAGCUCUUGACUGAGCUAGAAUACUCAUCCGUCACGCGCAACCGUGAAGAGUGCACACGCCUCCUAACGCUGCUAGUCAACGCCACUCAACGCCUGAUCAAGCCGUACUCGAUUCCCAUGCUCCGCGUUCUUCUCCCGAAGGCCAAUGACCCCAACCCGAUCGUUUCCGCCAACAUCCUCAUGUGCCUCGGUGAGCUCGCCUGCGUCGGCGGGGAGGAUGUGAUGCCGCACGUGUCAGACCUCAUGCAGGUCAUCAUCUCCAAGCUCGCAGACCCCUCUUUGCAGAAGCGUGACGCCGCGCUGCACACACUUGGUCAGCUCUGCUCGAGCACCGGAUACGUGAUCCAGCCGCUCGUCGAGCACCCGCAACUACUGCAGAUCCUGAGCCGGAUCCUCAGGGCGGAGUCGAGCCAGGCGGUGCGGCGCGAGGUGAUCAAAGUUCUUGGUAUCUUGGGCGCACUCGACCCGUACAGGCGCAAGGUCAAGCCGGACGAGGACGCCGUUAGCGAGGUUUCGUCGAACCUCGUGAACGCCGCGUCGAGGAACCUCACGGGCGCGUCAACGGCGACGGACGACUACUACCAGACAGUCGCGAUCAAUUCGCUGUUGAACAUCCUGCAGGACCAGUCGCUGAGCAGCCACCACUACAAGGUCAUUGAGGCGAUCAUGUCCAUCUUCAAGACACAGGGCUUGAAGUGUGCCACGUUCCUCCCGCAGAUCAUCCCUGCAUUCACUACCGUCGCACGCACUUCGUCGUCGCGCACUCAGGUCUACCAUCUGGAGCAGCUCGCUAUCCUAGUAGGGAUUAUCAAGCAGCAUGUGCGGAAUCACACCACGGAGAUCUUCAAGCUCGUGCAGGACUUGUGGGACAACGUUCCGCUCCAGCUUCCUCUCAUGUCGCUCGUCGAGGCGCUCGGCAAGGCGCUUGACGCCGAGUUCAAGCCGUUCAUCCCCAUGAUCCUCCCGCCCAUCCUCAAGGUCUUCGAGGGUGACCUGAACGACCGUGCGAGCAGCACGCAGAUCAAGAUAUUCGACGCGUUCCUCACGUUCGGCGCGAACAUCGAGGAGUAUCUCCAGCUCGUUAUCCCGCUCAUCGUGAAGACGUACGAGCGGCAGGACGCGUCGACGCCGCUGCGGAAGAAGGCGAUCCACACGAUCGAGGGCCUGACGAAGCGCGUGAACUUCUCGGACCACGCGUCGCGGAUCAUCCACCCGCUCGUGCGCGUGCUGAACCAGCCGAACAACGAGCUGAGGAUGGCGGUGCUGGACACGCUGUGUGCGCUCAUGGUGCAGCUUGGGUCGGACUUCGCUAUCUUCCAUCCUACGAUUCGCAAGACAAUCAUGCGGCACCGUAUUUCGCAUCUCCGUUAUGAGAGCCUCAUCGACAAGCUCUUGAAAGGAGAGCGGUUGCCGCAGGAAACCUCCUCAUUCGGGCUGUCUGGUGACAUUGGCAAAGCCACGGACUUCCAGGCUCCGGCGGAGGCGACGAAGAUGGCGGUCAACCAGCAACAUCUGAAGCAGGCAUGGGAUGUUUCAUUGGUAUCCACGAAGGAAGACUGGAUGGAGUGGAUCCAGAAGCUGUCGGUUGAGUUCAUGCGAGAGUCCCCGUCGCACGCUUUGCGGGCUUGCAUGUCUCUCGUGGACGUGCACACGCCCCUUGCGAAGGAGCUGUUCAAUGCUGCGUUUGUCUCUUGCUGGGGAGAGUUGUACGACCAGUAUCAGGAGGACCUGGUGAGGUCGAUCGAGUUCUCCAUCACCUCGAGCACUGCGCCGUCCGAGCUUGUGCACCGGCUACUCAACCUCGCCGAGUUCAUGGAGCACGAAGAGAAGCCGCUCCCCAUCGAGAACCGGACGCUAGGCGAGUACGCCAUGAAGUUCCAUGCAUACGCGAAAGCGCUGCAUUACAAGGAGCUUGAGUUCUUCAGCGAGACGUCGCCCACCAUCAUCGAGUCACUCAUUAGCAUCAACUCGAAGCUGCAGCAGCACGACGCCGCGUGGGGCACAUUGCUCAUCGCGCGCGAGCAGUACGACGUCAGCAAGCACGAGGAGUGGUACGAGCGCCUCGGGCGCUGGCAGGAGGCGCUCGAGACGUACGAGAAGCGGGCGGUAGAGGACCCCGGUGCGCCCGAGAUCGCCAUCGGCCGGAUGAAGUGCUUGCAUGCGCUCGGCGAGUGGGACCACCUUGCGAAGCAGGUCGAGGAGAACUGGUCCAACUCGAACUUGGAUGACCGCAGGGAGAUCGCGCCGAUGGCGGCCGCGGCGGCGUGGGCGCUCAACGACUGGGAGUCGAUGGAGGACUAUAUCGCGACGAUGAAGGCCGACUCGGCCGACCGGCCGUUCUACCGUGCCAUCCUGGCCGUACACCAGAAUCAAUUCCCGAAGGCAAUGACCCAGAUCGCAAAGGCUCGCGAUUUGCUCGAUCCAGAGCUCACCUCGCUGGUUGGUGAGAGCUACGGUCGGUCAUACAACACUAUGGUCCGCGCACAGAUGCUUUCUGAGCUCGAAGAGAUCGUCAACUACAAGCAGUAUGCCGACCAGCCCGAACGACAAGGCUCGAUGAGGAAGACCUGGAUGAAGAGGUUGCAGGGAUGCCAGCCGGACGUCGAGGUCUGGCAGCGCAUCCUACAAGUCCGGGCUUUGGUCCUCUCCCCCGAGGAUGACCCGGUCAUGUGGAUCAAGUUCGCAAAUCUCUGCCGCAAGUCAGAUCGCAUGUUCCUUGCCGAGAAGACGAUCAACUCGCUGCUUUGGCCGGAGAGGCUACUCCAGACGCCGAACGCGCGUGCACAGCAGUAUUCCAAGGCACCACCAAUGGUUAUAUACGCUCACCUCAAGUGUGCUUGGGCAAAGGGAGAGAAAGAGGAAACUCUUAACUACCUGCGCGACUUCUCUGCCAAGCUAUCCCGGGAUAUCCAGUCCGGCGCCACGAUCCGGGCAUCCGGAGAGCCUGAAGUGCAUCACAAGCUGGAAGAGCUCUCCCGCCUGCUCGCCCGCUGCUACUUCAAGCUGGGUGAAUGGCAGUUUGCUCUCAGAGAAGAGUGGGAUUCGCGGAACAUUAAGGAUAUUCUGCAGUCGUACUAUCUCGCGACCCACUAUGACCCCGGAUGGUAUAAGGCAUGGCACACUUGGGCGAUGGCUAACUUCGAUGUGGUUGGCUUCCUGGAGAACCAGCAGUACAACAGAGUGGGCGACGUCCCGGGUCAAGAUCUUACCGCCCACAUCGUAUCUUCGGUCACUGGCUUCUUCCGCUCAAUCUCGUUGAGGAAUGUGAACGCGCUGCAAGACACCCUGCGACUGUUGACGCUUUGGUUCAAGUAUGGUGCUCAUGACGACGUCAGCCACGCUAUGAGCAAUGGCUUCACAGAUGUCGAGGUCGACACAUGGUUGGAGGUCAUCCCCCAGAUCAUCGCCCGUAUCCAAACGCCGAGCAACAAUAUCCGGAGGAACAUCAACAACCUCCUGACCGAUGUUGGAAAGCACCACCCUCAAGCCCUCGUAUAUCCUCUCACUGUCGCAUCAAAGUCGUCGAGCGCUGUACGGAAGAAGGCUGCUCUCAAUAUCAUGGACCGUAUGAGGGAGCACAGUCCGGCGAUCGUAGAACAAGCGCUUGUUGUUGGCCAUGAGCUGAUCCGGGUGGCCAUCCUUUGGCACGAACUGUGGCACGAAGGUCUCGAGGAAGCGUCGCGUCUCUAUUUCACCGACCAUAAUCCCAUGGGCAUGAUUCACUUCCUGGAGCCAUUGCACGACAUGUUGGAAGCUGGGCCGAAAACAACGCGCGAGACCUCCUUCACUCAGGUCUUCGGGCGUGACCUCCAUGAGGCGCGCGAAGCCUGCAAGCGAUACACAAUAUAUGGGGAGAAGCGCGACCUCGAGAAGGCGUGGGAGAUCUACUAUGGGGUCUUCAAGAAGAUCGAAAAGCAGCUACCUCAGUUGACAACACUCGAUUUGCAAUACGUCUCACCCGAGCUGCUCAAGGCGAAGAACCUCGACCUCGCCGUUCCUGGGACGUACCACAGCGGGAAGCCCAUCAUCAAGAUCUGCAGCUUCGCCCCUAAGCUCACGGUCAUCUCGUCCAAGCAACGCCCCCGUCGGCUUUCUAUCAAGGGUAGCGACGGCCAAGAACAUCAGUUCGUGCUCAAGGGCCACGAGGACUUGCGGCAAGACGAGCGUGUCAUGCAGCUGUUCAGUCUCGUCAAUGGCCUGCUAGCGAUCGACACCGACUGCUUCAAGCGACGUUUGCACAUCCAGCGCUUCCCUGUCAUCCCUCUAGCCCCCAAUGCCGGUCUGCUUGGGUGGGUCAAGGACAGCGACACGCUUCACGUGCUUGUUCGGGACUACCGGGAGUCACGGAAGGUCCUCCUGAAUAUUGAGUACCGGUUGAUGCUUCAGAUGGCGCCGGACUACGAGAACCUCAUUCUUCUCCAGAAGAUCGAGGUCUUCGAAUAUGCGCUCGAGAACACAACCGGCCAGGAUCUGUACCGGGUGCUAUGGCUCAAGAGCGUGAACUCCGAGCACUGGCUCGAACGGCGUGCGACGUACACACGCUCGCUCGCUGUCAACAGCAUGGUCGGGCACAUCCUCGGUCUCGGCGACCGGCACCCGUCCAACUUAAUGCUCGAGCGGCACACGGGCAAGGUGGUACAUAUCGAUUUCGGCGACUGCUUCGAGGUCGCCAUGCACCGCGAGAAGUUCCCGGAGAAGAUCCCAUUCCGAUUGACGAGGAUGCUCACGCACGCGAUGGAAGUGAGCGGGAUCGAGGGCAGCUUCCGGAACACGUGCGAGAUCAGCAUGAAGGUGCUGCGCGACAACAAGGAGUCGCUCAUGGCCGUCCUCGAGGCGUUCGUGUACGACCCGUUGAUCAACUGGCGGCUGAUGCAGCCGGACGUGGAGACGCGUCGUGGCGAAGGCGACAGCGGACGUCCUGCCGAGUUGGUUCGCGCGGCUGCGUACCCCACAGCGCCUAUCCGCAAGCUCAAGGCCGACGAGAACGACAUUUUGAAUGAAGCGCAAGAAGUACGGAACGAGCGUGCUCUGUUCGUGUACAGACGCGUACAAGAUAAGCUCAACGGCCGUGAUUUCAACCCGGACGAGGUGUUGACGGUGCCCGCGCAAGUCGACAAGCUCAUCAUCCAGGCUACGUCGUUGGAAAAUCUGUGCCAGUGCUUCUCUGGAUGGUGCGCAUUCUGGUGAUUUACUCGUGGGGCCCCUGUCUGUUCUACUGCAUGCUUUCGAUAUACCAGCUGUACAUUUCCGGACGGUUUCUCUACUGCUCUCGUUAAUAGAAUGUAUCAUAGCAACGCAAUGUUGGGGUGCCGCGUGUCUGGCUGUGUUACAUACCAGCAGGCUAUUGUAGUGGGAUCCACAAUAUUAAUGUCCAUCCAGUG